GUGGCUGGAUCUGACCGUGGCUGGCUUUCCCAGGGGUGUCUGGACGGAAACCAGGCUCCUUUGGUGCCAUGACCCUGGAAGUUUGGGAAGGUGUUUUGUUAAAAUUCCUGUGGAAACAAAAUAUAAUUUCAUAAGGAAAUAAUGGAUGGAGAAGAGAAAACAUACGGCGGGUGUGAGGGCCCGGAUGCUAUGUAUGUGAAAUUGAUAUCUUCCGAUGGUCAUGAAUUUAUUGUAAAAAGAGAGCAUGCUUUAACAUCAGGAACAAUAAAAGCCAUGUUAAGUGGCCCAGGUCAGUUUGCUGAAAAUGAAACCAAUGAAGUUAAUUUUAGAGAAAUUCCAUCACAUGUGCUAUCAAAAGUAUGCAUGUAUUUUACCUACAAGGUUCGCUACACUAACAGCUCUACAGAGAUUCCUGAAUUCCCAAUUGCACCUGAAAUUGCACUGGAAUUGCUGAUGGCUGCGAACUUCCUAGAUUGUUAAAUAAAAUAAAUUAUAAUAAACUGUUAACUUUUUCAGUAUUUAAUACCUGUAGUUCAGUUAGUAACUUUUUUCAUAUAGCAUGUUGUGUAUUGGGGGGUGGUGGUGGUUGAGAACUGUAAAGUUCAUUGCAAAGCAGAUACCUUCAGUCCUUUCUUUUGCAUAGCAAUCAAGAGUUGAAAUUUGUUUUGCAACUUAAGUAAAAUAAGGACAUUUUCACUAAAUGAGAAAUAAACAAAUAUGCCAAUUAGUAGAUGGCUAUGCCUUAUCCUUUAGAUGCGAUUUUAAAUAUUAGAACAAUGAUUAUAGUAAGUAUUGAAAUUUAGGCAAAUACUACAGGUUUAUACUGGCUAAGUAUUUUUAGGGGUUUUGUUUUUUGUUAUUUUUGGACAGGUGGGAUUAACUUGAACCUACCAUAUCAUAGCUGUCUAGCAUUAUUAGUUAUGCAACUAUUUUGCAUUGUCAACUUGUGUUUAUAAAUAUGGCUUGGCCAAAACAUUAAUUUUUUAAUAACUCUUGAAUACAUAAGAAUUGAUCUUACGUGUCUUUUGAUAAAUUGCAGUCGUGUUAGCAUAUCAAAGUGUAUCUGCAUAUCUGUUUUUGUCAUACAGCCUAAGUGAUAAUUUUCUUUUAAACCAUUAUGGAAGAUUGUUAGGUUUAGCUUUUGCAGUAGUGAAUUUUUAAGAACUUUAGCCAAGCUGUCAAUAAGUAACCACAGUACUAGAUGGCUUUGGCUCUGAAAACUUAGGGAUAGUCAUACAAUAUCCUUCUUGAACAAUCCAAAGUACUGUACUUAAUCAUCUAGCUAAGAAAGCUUCCUUUUGCAAUUUACUUUUCACUUACUACAUUAAUAAAUAAUUACUUAAGGGUAUUAAAAUAAAAUCAUGGCAAAAUUUAUCCACCCCCACCCCCCCAAAAAAAACCUAGAAUUGAACCAAAAAAAGCAAUUCAUGGUAAGAACCUGGCAUAAAGCGCCUUAAUGCUUUGUGGGUUGUUUUAUUGAUGGUCAGAUCAUGUCUUCUUUGUAUGUAGUGGCUAUAUAGAGCAUUGCUGAUAUUAAGGAACAAAGCCUAUAUAUUAUAACAGGAGUAAUGACUACACCAGUGUAAUAAGGCUUUUACUUAAUGAAAAUGGACAUUAACCUUUAGGAUUAUGAAGGACAAAUAAAAACUUAAGUCAGGGUCUCUCUUUCCUAGGUAUGGAGUCAAGAACAUGAAGGUUGAGUUUCAGCUUCCUACUUUUCAAAUAGCAGAGAAUUAGUUAUGUAAAUUUAAAUACUGGUGACUAGAUUCUUUUAAUUCACUCCACAAAUUACCGAGAAAAAAAAUUAAUCAGCAAACUUAAUCAUUUUGUUCUUAAUCUUGAUUGAAAACAGUUGUUAUAUCUGUUUUAGUAAUUCAUUAAGACAAACUCUGGUUCAUAUACACAGUACUGAAGUAUUUACUAGUGUUUGCUUAUCAAGUGCAGGGAUUUUUAAUGCUAGAUGGUGACAAAAAUACCAAUUAUGUACAGAUAUGAUCUUAUAGGUCAAGAUGGUAGCAGAAACUACAUUUCUAAUGGGCUCUGUCCUAGUAGGUUACCUUUUUAACUCAUGGCUACAUUUGAACACAUCACAAAAUACUAAAAUUGGUGUCCACAGUUUAGUAUGGCUAGAAUUCAGAUAAGGAGAGAUUAUGCAUUUCAAAAGUGGUACUGCAUGAUAAGUGAGAAUAUUUACUAAAGAAUAUGAAAUAUUUUGUAUUACAUAUGUAGUCUGGGCUUAUUUUCAAAAGCACUAAAUCCCUCAGUUCGUUGUUUUAAUUUUCACAUUAGACAUUUUCAGUCAUCGUAUUCUUGUUUACCCAGAAUGAUUAGAAAUCACUUAUUUGGUUUAAUUUAAGAGAUUUUAAUAGUUUAUAUCAUAUUCAAGUCUAUAAUUGUUUCUGAAAUUGAUAUUAGCUUAUUUUUGAAAUUCCAUUUAAAACCCUACCCUAGUCUUUUUUUCUACGUUGUAGCAUUUGCAGCACAUAGGAUUCUAUUAUAAAUAAAAUCCUUUAAAGCAACAUCUGCCUAUGUUUCAUUGUCCCCUGGAUAUCUAAAUUAAGUAUUUUAGUUUGUGAGUUUGGGUGUGUUGUGCAGAAAUCGGUAAAUGAGCAUCACACAGGUGACAGAAUCUCUGAAUACCAACACUGCUGAAAAAUACAAUUUAUAAGCAGUUCAACUCAAAGGAUAGUGGAUAGAGAGCUGGCCUCUAAGCCAGAAGACUUGGGUUUAAGACCCACCUUGCACACAUGGCAGCUGUGUGACCUGGGACAAGUUGCAAUCUGUCAAUACUCUAGGCUACUCUCUAAGACCAUAAGUUACAGAGAAAGUGCCAGCCUUCAUCGGUAGAGGGGAAUUUCCUUACUUAGAAGUUUUCUACCAACAAAAUUGGGUCCAGUCCCUAUUGCAUCACCUAAACAGCUCAUGCUAGUGGGUAGACAUCAGUCUAUUUAUACCCUUAGUAUGUAUGUGUUUUGUCCUAAAUUAAGGUUUAACUUUAUGAUCCUGUCAGAAAAAGUCAUUUUUUAAAAUUGAUUAUAAGACGGGAAGGUCAACUAAUUACAGAAAUUUAUGUCCAGAAAGAAGUAGGAAAUGCUAGAAACUUAAUACAGUCUAAGUUAACAGGCUCAAAGUGUUGUAUUUAAACUUAUACACUGUGAUGAGCUCAAAUUGUCCAUAUCCAAUUUUGAAGUUGGAGUUGAAAAUUUUAAUGCUUGAUAAUCAUUAGAGGGGCAGUUGAUUAUGGAAUUUUAUUUGACAUGUAUAAAUCUAGUUUAAUUUUAAGACCACACAACUUUGUAACUUGUUAUGACUAAAUUAAACUGAUUUAUAGAAAACCUAAUGGUUUGUUAAUUUGAACAAAUAAAGAUUUGGAUCAUUUGAUCAAGUGAUAUGGUGUAAAGAAAGCUGGAAUGAAGUCAGGACUCUAGCCUAAGAUUUUUUAGGGCUAGUCAGCUGCAUAAUGGUAGUGGUAUUUGGUAAUGUAUUAAGUUAACUAUGCCCCUUGUAACUUUCCAUUCUCAAUGUGGUGAUGCCCCUCCCCUACAAUCUGUGUACCCCAUGCCUUUAUUUCUUCAGUAAACAAGCCAUUAGGUUCAAUGUGUGUAUAUGUCAUGCUAUAUGUUUGUAAAUCCAAGUUUGUAGUAGUAUAAUUAUUUUUAUUCUGAUCACUUGAAAGUGACAUAAAGUGGACCUCAUUAGUGAAACUUUAAUUACACCCUUCUUGCUUCAUUUUCAUAAUUAGACAUUAAAUUUUGAAUGGUCGUUACUAGAUAGAUUAAAGUGUAAAAUCCUUAGAACAAUUUUGCUUACUGUUUUCCAAUUUCAACUCCAUGUGUAACAGUUAACUUCAUCCUGUUAUCAUUAGUCACUGCGUUGUAAAGGAGUAGUUUGCGUGCUGUGUCACACCGUUAUUUGUAAUGUCUGCUCAGCUUUAAACCAAUUUUUCCUUUUCAAUUUAGCAGCUAAUUUUUAUGCUUUUGUAACAAACUGGACCACUUCAUUUCCACCCUCUUUUCUUGUGUGUGCCUCUAAUUGAAAACAAAAAGAUAAAGUGUAUACUUCUAGAUCCUCACUUCAACCUCCAGACACCUUCCCCUAAAUACCAUCCCCUCUUUUUAAUUGGGAAAUAUUAAAAUGUGCUUAGAAAUAGAACCAUAUAAAUUAUCCUACUGUAAGCAAGAGUUUUGUAUAUUUAUCAAAAAUAAUGUUUAUUAGGAUUUUCUUUUAUAGGGACAAAUAAGCCACAAGUACAUCUGAAUUAGAUUUUUUUUUCUCCUGAAAAACUUCCUAUUUGAUGACAACCCAUACUAAUCUGUGAACUUGUGUUACACUUGACUUAAACAUUUUGUAUGCUGAAGACCUCUCUAUGGCAGGGUGUUAAUUCUAAGUUAUGAUUUAUAAUUAUUUAGAGAAGCUUAUGUGGUUGGUCUGGUUAAGAUAGCCAAGAGAAAAUUUAAAUGCAGGUAACUUUUUAUUCAAUAAAGAUCUUUUAAAACCUUAA